CCCACUGAAGAAAACUACGGCGACAACUUCCGUUCUAAAGACAGCUAUUUCCGUGUUUGAGCUGACGCGUCGUUAGCGUUUUUCAAACCAGUUCUGCUCUUACGUGUCAGUCUUCUUUCACCGUAGAGCAAGAGACGGGUCGGUAACUUAGGAACAAUGGCACCUAAAGGUAGCAGCAAACAGCAAUCCGAGGAAGACCUUCUCCUCCAGGACUUCAGCCGGAACCUGUCUGCAAAGUCCUCCGCGCUUUUCUACGGCAACGCACUCAUUGUGUCCGCAAUUCCCAUUUGGCUGUUCUGGAGAAUCUGGCACAUGGACCUGGUCCAGUCAGCGGUCCUGUAUGGAGUCAUGACGCUGGUCAGCACCUACCUCGUGGCCUUCGCUUACAAAAACGUCAAGUUUGUCCUCAAACACAAAGUUGCCCAGAAGCGAGAGGAUGCUGUCUCCAAGGAGGUGACAAGGAAACUCUCUGAGGCUGACAAUCGCAAGAUGUCUCGCAAGGAGAAGGAUGAGAGGAUCCUGUGGAAAAAGAACGAGGUAGCUGAUUAUGAGGCAACCACUUUCUCCAUCUUCUAUAACAACACUCUGUUCCUGGUCCUCGUCAUCAUCGCCUCCUUCUUCCUGCUGAAGAACUUCAACCCCACCGUUAACUACAUCCUGUCCAUCAGUGCCUCAUCUGGCCUCAUCGCCCUGCUGUCCACUGGAUCCAAGUAAAGGAGGAAAGAAAGAAAGAAAUGAACAACUGAGAAGAGGGUUUGGGUCAGGGUGGGCUGGGGUGAAGCUAGGAUGAGGGAAUGGGGUUUGGGUCAGGGUGGGCUGGGGUGACGCUAGGGGAGGGAAUGGGGUUUGGGUCAGGGAGGGAAUGGGGUUUGGGUCAGGGAGGGCUGGGGUGACGCUAGGAUGAGGGAAUGGGGUUUGGGUCAGGGAGGGCUGGGGUGACGCUAGGAUGAGGGAAUGGGGUUUGGGUCAGGGAGGGCUGGGGUGAAGCUAGGAGGAGGGAAUGGGGUUUGGGUCAGGGAGGGCUGGGGUGAAGCUAGGAGGAGGGAAUGGGGUUUGGGUCAGGGAAGGCUGGGGUGAAGCUAGGAGGAGGGAAUGGGGUUUGGGUCAGGGAAGGCUGGGGUGAAGCUAGGAGGAGGGAAUGGGGUUUGGGUCAGGGAGGGCUGGGGUGAAGCUAGGAGGGUGAAUGGGGUUUGGGUCAGGAGGGGCUGGGUGAAGCUUGGAUAUUUUUUGUAAUGAUAGAGAGAGGGAGAAUUAAAAUAAUAAUUGUAUCAUUUCAGCUGUAAGUCUUCAUGAAAUUCAUGAUCAAAUGUCUGGAGGUCACUCCAGGUCACUCUGUCCUUCACAUUUUGUACUAAUUAAAGUGGCCAGAUCAAGAA